ACUGUCUUGAGUUCUUCUUCAGUUGCCAGUUUUCAGCCUCCUCAUGCCUCCGUCUCCUUUAGACGACAGGGUAGUAGUGGCACUGUCUAGGCCCGUCCGACCUCAGGAUCUCAACCUUUGUUUAGACUCUAGCUACCUUGGCUCUGCCGCCCCAGGCAGUAACGGCCACCCUCCUGUCAUUGCCACCACCGUCGUAUCCCUCAAGGCUGCGAAUCUGACGUAUAUGCCCUCAUCCAGCGGCUCUGCCCGCUCCCUGAAUUGUGGAUGCAGCAGCGCCAGCUGCUGUACUGUGGCAACCUACGACAAGGACAGUCAGGCCCAAACCCAAGCCAUCGCCGCUGGCACCGCCACCACCACCAUCGGAACCUCUCCCGCCUGCCCUGCCAACCAGAUGGUCAACAGCAAUGAGAACGCAGGCCCUUUAAGUCCAUCAGGUGGGGUGGGCAGCCCUGUGGCAGGGACCCCCAAGCAGCUAGCCAGCAUCAAAAUAAUCUACCCCAAUGACUUGGCGAAGAAGAUGACCAAAUGCAGCAAGAGUCACCUGCCGAGCCAGGGCCCCGUCAUCAUUGACUGCAGGCCCUUCAUGGAGUACAACAAAAGUCACAUCCAAGGAGCUGUCCACAUUAACUGUGCCGAUAAGAUCAGCCGGCGGAGACUGCAGCAGGGCAAGAUCACUGUCUUAGACUUGAUUUCCUGUAGGGAAGGCAAGGACUCUUUCAAGAGGAUCUUUUCCAAAGAAAUUAUAGUUUAUGAUGAGAAUACCAAUGAGCCGAGCCGAGUGAUGCCCUCCCAGCCACUUCACAUAGUCCUCGAGUCCCUGAAGAGAGAAGGCAAAGAACCUCUGGUGUUGAAAGGUGGACUUAGCAGUUUUAAGCAGAACCAUGAAAACCUCUGUGACAACUCCCUCCAGCUCCAAGAGUGCCGCGAGGCGGGGGGCGGCGCGUCUGCGGCCUCGAGCGUGCUACCUCAGUCCAUCCCCACCACCCCUGACAUCGAGAAUGCAGAGCUGACGCCCAUCUUGCCCUUCCUGUUCCUCGGCAACGAGCAGGACGCUCAGGACCUGGACACGAUGCAGCGGCUGAACAUCGGCUACGUCAUCAACGUCACCACUCACCUGCCCCUCUACCACUAUGAGAAAGGCCUGUUCAACUACAAGAGGCUGCCAGCGACCGACAGCAACAAGCAGAACCUGAGGCAGUACUUUGAAGAGGCUUUUGAAUUCAUCGAGGAAGCUCACCAGUGUGGGAAGGGGCUUCUCAUCCAUUGCCAAGCCGGGGUGUCCCGUUCUGCCACCAUCGUCAUCGCUUACUUGAUGAAGCACACUCGGAUGACCAUGACUGAUGCUUAUAAAUUUGUCAAAGGCAAACGACCAAUUAUUUCCCCAAACCUUAACUUCAUGGGGCAAUUACUGGAGUUUGAGGAAGACCUGAACAACGGUGUGACACCGCGAAUCCUUACACCAAAGCUGAUGGGCGUGGAAACGGUCGUCUGACGAAAGUUUGGAUGGAAAGGAUUACUCGUCUCCAUUAAGAGACGAAGAGAAAGAAGGAUGGAUUCUUUCUUUUUUUUCUUUUUCUUUCUUCCUUCCUUCUUUUUUUUUAGAUGGGGGUCAAGUUUGUGAAUGGAAACAAAACUUGUUUAAAACUUUUUAUUUUUAACAAGUGUGAGAAGAAUUUAUCUUUUGAUGCCGUUGAGAUUUCCUUCCCAUGAACUGAUAAAGCAGGGAGGCUAAAGGAGUCAUUUUUUUAAGCCAACAAUAAAAAUAUAAUAAAACUUGUUUCUUCCCCCCUUUUCCUUUUAAGCUAUUUGUAGCGUUUAUGAUUGAAUAGUCUGUGCAGGUUCAUAGACCGAAGAUACUACAACUUAAACAAAUUCAAAAGAACCAAAAGUAAGAGGCAGAAAAGACACUGAAUCACGAAGGCCCGAGAGCUGCCCGGGCCAUCUACACAGGAAACAAAAACAUAACCAAACCAAGCCCUGUUGUGCUCACUGGUGCAAAGAGAAAAUCAGGGCAGCUUAAGUGGUCUAAGAACCCUUCACAUUCUUUAAAGAGACAAAAGAUUACUGUUGAUUUUGUGUGUUUCAUUCUCUGGAUUAUUUUCCCCCCCUCUUUGGGUUUAAGAGAAUUUUUUGAAAUAGCGAGGAACUGACCAUUAUACCAUAUGCCUUCACUGGCUUCUUGUGCAAUAAUACGGUGUUUUGAGUGUGCAAACAAGUUAGAGCUGGCAGCCGAAUAAUAGACAAAUAGUGCAAAUUUGCCAGCUUGGAGAUAAAAAGGAAUUCAAUAAAAAUCAAUUACUUUCCUUCCCACCUUUUUCCUUUAAUUUUUUUUUUUUUUUGAUUUGAUUCUGGUUAUAGUGCCAUAAACCUUGUUACAUAUGUAUAUCAGAAUGUAAAAAAAAAAAAAGACAAAAAUUUAUUUAAAAAUAUUUUUCGAAAAAAAAACCCCAACUUGAUGUGUUUCUGUUGAUUGUGUAAAAAUUUAUUUUCAUUAUAUAAAUGAAACUCAUUUUGGGAUGUGUCUUUUUUCCUCCUCUCUUCCUCAACUCAGGUUCAAGCAUCUCUUACCUCUGGUAACUUGUACAUGUAACAUACUUGGAAAUACACACAUUUUUAUAGGGGAAAGAGAUGAGGAAGGGAAAAUAUUCUCCGUUCGGAGUGCUACACGGAAAAAAUUAGCAAGGAAACCAAAGAGCUCCGGUUAUCAAUCUGCCCAGUGAUGAUCCCCUCUGUUCUCACAGCCCUCUACCCUCUUAUGCAAAUGCAGUUUUCCGCUUAGGGAAAACCCCAGGUGACGUCACCUUAGAGGGAGAAGGGGAGUUCUACCCCAGGCUACCCCAGCCUACCCCAGCCUUUUAUUAUUAUUAUUAUUUUUAUAUUAUGUUAGUCACCAUACAGUACAUCCCUGGUUUUUGAUAAAGUUCCAUGAUUCAUUAGUUGCGUAUAACACCCAGUGCACCAUGCAAUACGUGUCCUCCUUACUACCCAUCACCAGCCUCUCCCAUUCCCCCACCCCCCUCUACCCCAGCUUUGAGCUCUGGUGAUGAGGUCGUUGCCAGAUUGAUUGGUUAGAAUUCUGUGACCUUUCCGGUGGCUGGCUAUUUGCCAUUUAGGGGUCUUGACGAUCCCUCCCCUGCCCCCUUGCCACUCCUCUUGCCACUUGCUCACUUGACAUCUUUUGGUAACAUUAAGCACGGAGAGGAGAGAGCAAGGCAGCAAAUCGACCUCAGCACCAUGAGUACAACUUUCCUAUCACACUUGAUUAAUACAUAGCUGCUGUUCCGUGGAUUCCCAGUGCGCAGAAAAGAGGACAUGGGGGUAAGGGAAGAACAUGAUGUCAGUGUUUUCUACGUUUUAUUAAAAUACAUGUCUAGAGGGACUUGGCCAAGGGGAAGAUUCACAGCGAAUUGAAAUUUGCCUGGGGUGAGUAACAGAAUUGAAGAGUUUGGGCAUGUCCAGUUCUAGACGACUACAUUUGACCUAUUUUUGUAGGCAUUGCUUAGAACUGCUAUAACAGUAUUUUUUCACAUUUAUUUUUUUAAAAUAGCCUUUCUACUAGAAGUGAGAAAAGUGAAGACUGAACUUAACAGGAAUUAACUGAGAGCUGUUUGAAUUAUUUUUAUGACAAAGAGCUAAUCAGGUGAAAAGGAAAUUUCUCUUACGGUGUUUUCUAUUCUUCAGACUAACAAUUGCCUUGGUGCUAGAGCAUAUGUAAGAAGUCAAGUUGUUACAUGAUUAGUGAUUUAAAAUAUUUUAAAAAAAUGAAAAAAAUAAAAUACAUGUGAUUUA